UAAACUCGUCUAUUGUUUGUAGACCAUAUCACUAUUACAUGAGAUUCUCGGAUAGACGGUCUGACAAUAACUGAGGGAUCAAGUAACUGUGAACAGUAAUAUAAUGUAAUCAGCAAAUGUCUGACACGGAUGAUGAAUUCGUCAACAACAUCGUUGCAGAUCUGGGAUCCGGGAACUGUCACGUAGGAUUCGCUGGCGAUGAAAGACCAUGCUCUGUAUUCCCAACUGUUCUUGGACGCCCCAAACAUCGAGAGGCGUCACCAGAAGUCGGUCUGUUUGUCGGUGAUGAAGCCCAGGCGAGGCGAGAAAUCCUGGCUAUGACGUCUCCCAUUGAGCGUGGUAUAGUUACAAACUGGGAGGACAUGGAGCAGCUAUGGCAGUACAUCUUUACUAGUGUGUUACGGGUAUCUCCAGAAGAAUUCAAUGUUUUUAACUCUGAAGUGUCUUAUGUACCAGGUGCUUGUAGAGAAAUGAUGUUACAGUUGUUAAUGGAAAAAUUCAAUGUAUUAGGCUACAAUGCCCAGCUGUCGGGCAUUUUAGCUGUCAUGGGAUAUGGACACACCAACAGCCUCAUUUUGGAAUGUGGUGAUGGUGUCACAGAGGCAUUUCCGGUCUACGAGGGACACGCUUUUCCCGACACAAUAAAAAGAAUGGAGAUCGGUGGAAAAGAUGUAACAAUGAAUUUACAAAAACUGAUGUACGAAAAGGGAUAUUCCUUUACUACAUAUUCUGAAAUAGAUACGAUUAGAAGACUGAAGGAAGACCAUUGUUCUGUGUGGCCCGAUAGCAAUACCCUAGACACAGCGACAUCGUCAUCGAUGCAGCUGGAUACAUUCACUUUACCAGACGGUCAGCAAAUAUCCAUCGGCGAAGAGAAGUUUAAGGCCCCUGAAAUACUGUUUCGUCCAUCUUUACGAGGUUAUGGCUUUGAUGAGGAAGGAGGCGUCCAGGAUUUAGUGCACGCUUCCAUCCAGGCCUGUGAAGCUGACUGUAGAUCAAAUCUCUAUUUCAAUGUACUUCUGUCGGGUGGAACAACAUUAUUGCCUGGUUUUAAAGAGCGACUUUUGAAAGAACUCAGCAACAAGGCCUCGUGUCGAGUCAAGGUGUGGGCGGAUCCAGCCCGUAAAUAUCUGGUGUGGAUUGGUGGGUCCAUUUACGCUUCUUUGUACGUUUGUCAGUCGAAAUGGAUCACCAGAAAUGACUAUCACGAAUUUGGACCAAAUAUUAUACAUCGAAAAUGUCAACUUUCAGCGUGCUAACUCUAAAAAAUGUUAUUUUGUGUCGACAGCAUAAAUUUAUUUAUGUUGCAGAAAAAAGAAAAACUGACAUAACUUUUGCAAUAUUACUAGAGUAUAUGUUUGUUUAUAUGCAUAAUAUAUAUAUGUAUAAAUAUCCUGUUGUAUCAACUAUGAUAAUCUUAUAUAAGCAUACGUUUGAGCAAUAUAAUUUUUCGUUUGUACGAUUUCAUUUGAUUUUCAAUUGUAUUCCAUAAAAAUAAAUUUU